CUUGGUUUGCGCGCCAGAUCUCGCAACCAUUAACAAACAACUGCCAUCUUUCGCGACCUGCCAGACUUGAAUCCCGAUGGCUACGGCCCCGAAGAAGACGCCUACGUCGGGCACAUCAGGUCGCAACUCACCUGGUAACACGCCUACAUCGCCUAGUCCUGCACCAAGGAGAACCGGCACUGGCGCUGCGCCAUCCACACCAAGCAACGGUGUCGCAAGAGCCAGAUCUGUUCGGACAGCGAAUGGUACGCCGGUGUCCGCAAGGGCUAUGGUGAAGAAACCGGCAGGAUCAUCUGAUCUUAAAAACAGCACGUCAGCCGUCGGUUCGGCGGAUGAAGAUGCGCGCAUGGAGUCCUCUGCGCUAAUUGAUGAUCUGAAAGAUAAACUGCAGAGGGCGGAACAGGCUGCAGAGGACUAUAAGAAACAGGUCGAGGUCCUGCAGUCAAGGUUAGAUGAGGCAAUCCAGGAACAAGGAAAGCUGGAAGACAGGCUACACGAGGAAGAGGAGAGAGUAGAGGGUUUGGAGAAUGAGAGACGUGAAGUCCUACGACAGAAGCGGGAGAUAGAGACAAUAUAUGAAACUGAGCGGGCAGCUGCGAUGAAGGAGAGAGAAGCGACACAAGCAAGGGAAGAAGAAUUGCAGAGCAUCAUUCAGAGGUUGAAAGAGUCGUUGUCGCAAAAGGACAAUAAAUCCGGCACAGAUGAUGGCAGAAUGCCACGAGCAGCUUCGUCGCCCACACUCGAGACCGGCUUUGCACCGCCAUCGUCGCUACAGCGGAGUAACUCGCGCAACAAUUCCAAACUGAUAUUGCAGAAGGACCAAUUGAUUGAAUCAUUAAGACUCGAGCUUGCCGAGCUCCAGAUAAAGAUGGUUGAGAUGGAGAAUAUGGGCGAUGCGACGAGGAGGGUGCACGAACUAGAGCGAACUGUACUCGAGCAGCGCAUGACCAAUGCCAGGCUAAUGGAAGACAUUGAUAGCUACCAAUUGCUGCUGAGUGAGAGAACGCUCAACGGAGAUUUUUCGCGCAACGACCUGCUCCGUAGCAGUCCUGCUCCGGAAGACCGAUCGCAAUCACACGAACCUGCCUCGCUUGCGGAUGAGUUGGCUUCAAACGCUUCUGAAGACGGCGAAACGACGGCCGAACACGCUGAAGUCAAAAAACUAAUGAACGAGAUCUCAACACUCAAGAAUGAGAACAAGGCUCUGACCCUGUAUAUCAAUAAAAUCAUUGACAGGAUCUUGCAACAUCAGGGAGGUUACGAAAAUAUCUUGUCGAACACAGAUGAUGAGCCGCCGGCGGGUGCACAGAAGCCUGCGCCUCCAAAUAAGGAUAAAGACCUUCCGCCCCCGCCACCUGCGAAGGACACUGGUCCGUCUUUGCUCCAGCGUGCGAGUUCUGUCGUGUAUGGCCGGAGCGAUAAAUCAAAGCCAAGGCCACAGUCGACCGUUAUUCAGACCAGGGAACCAGGAGUUACUGAAGACAUAAGCACAGCACCAUCUAUCCCCCUCAACCGAACAAACUCGAAGCGCGUGACCGUGGACUUCUCAUCAAGAAGACGCAGUACACAGAUAGAUUACAAUCCUGCAACCGUGGUUGGGAACAUGUACCGCGGGCCAACGAACGAUCCAAACCCUGCGAGCCCGAGCAUUGUCUCACCACGGAAUUCAUUCUUCGGCUUCAGACAACCAAGUGGUAAUGCAACGACAGUGACCUCGAUCAGGGAAGAUGGAGGAGUCGACGACAGCACAGACGAGGACCUUGCGGUUGCUAAUCGCAAAUCUGCUCUGGACGCACUCAAUGGUACGGACGGCUCGCCCAGGAGAAGUGCUCAGUCACCAAGCAAGAAAAGAGACAGCAGCGCCACAAACACAACUGACGGGGUGCCAAGUGUUGACACACCAAGUCCGCCCCGGAGCAUGGCUAGCAGAGACGAGAGAUCAGCUGGCGCCGGCGGGGUCAUGACAGGUAACAAGAUGCGACCACUACGUUUGGUAAAAGAAGCCGAGGAUGAGAAGAAGGCGAACAGGAGUAGUUGGUCUGUCCCACAAAAUAUCACUCAGAGCAUCAGUGGUUGGUGGAACAAGGAUGCUAGUUCAAGCAAGGAUACUUCUGGUGGUUCAUAACGCUACGGUCGCGAUGAAAUGACGAAGUGGCAUGUUUGACUGGGGCUUCGUUGGAGACAAGAGGACCGAGUUCAUUUCCUUGUGCUUGGGUACGAGUAGGUCCGUGAUGAUCGUUUCUAAUGUCCUAUAUCCAACUCCCCGCCUUUGGUUGUUACAUAGACUAUUUGCUUACGUACAAUCUGCUGUAUGCAAUGACAAUUCUACUCUCAAAGA